AUGGCUUUGAUGACGACGCAAAGCCAGCCGUCCUUCGACCUCGAAUCCGGAGCGCAAAUACCAGAUCCAGAUGCGCAUCAAUACCGUUUCCUCACUAUCCGCUCGUACGAAUCCGUGCUACACAUCAGGGGCAUUCUAGCUUGCUGUGAACGGCUCCGUCCGGGAGAAGAGACACUAACCCCGAGCGGAGCUCAUAACUAUAUCAAGUCCUUCCUGGCAGACAAUCACCACUUUGAGAACGCGUCGAAGGUGCAAGGAUUCGUGCGCAUUGUGGCGAGUGUCAAUGACCGCAACAAGUCUUGGUGCAACGCGGUCUUCUGUGUUGGAGAGAGUGGCGGAGGAACACAUCCGCAACCGCUCCUAGAACACACAGGAGGAGCUGCUGGCAGAGAUGGAAUGGUUUGA